UCUGUGUGUAUACUAAUGUGUGUGUAUGAUGUUGCAGGUGAUGUCUCCUCUGUCUGACUCGAUCCUGGCUGAGCGGAUGGUCAGGGUUCUGGAUGACAAAGUGAGCGUGACAGAGCUGGGAGUGCAGCUGGUGUCUGGCCUCUCUCUGUCCCUCCAGCUCAGCCCAGGGAGUAACAGGGCCAUCGUCGCCACUGCUACCACACAGGAAGUCAUGGAGAAACUCAAACAGGAAUCCCUCAUCAGUGCCUGGCUCCAGUUCAGCGACGGCUCCAUGACUCCUCUGGACCACUACGACCCCGCCCACUUUGUGCUCACAGCCACCUCAUUGGACGAGCAGGUGGUAUCGGUACGGCGCAGCGCGGAGUGGAAGUGGCCGGUCAUCGUGGCAAACGGCGAAGGUCAGGGGUUACUGGUGCGUGUAGAGAUGACAUCAUCAGAGAUCUGCCAGAAGACAAAGCGACGCACCAUUCUGGCAGCCGGGGUGGGAAAUGUCUGCGUUAGGUUUGGCCGCUCUGAGGAGCCAUACAGCCACCCUGGAGGCAAAACACGACCAGACCCGCCCUACUACGGAGGCUCCAUUUCUGACAUUGAGGCUGGGAUCAUGAACCGGGGGGCCACGACAGUCAAGACCCCUAUUCCGGUGAGGCCCAAUGGGGACAGGCUGUCGGCCGACGGAAGAGUUCCUGGGGGGUUCUCUGAGUUCCCUGCCCAGGAGGAGCUGCCGCGGGGCCGCAGCACGGACGAGGAUCUGUUGUCAUCACGCCGCAGCCUCACUGACCUGGAGAUCGGUAUGUACGCACUACUGGGGGUCUUCUGCCUGGCCAUUCUGGUCUUCCUCAUCAACUGCAUCUCCUACACCCUCAAGUACCGCCAUAAAGAGCUGCCCUUGGAGGCCCCCGAGGCCAUGCCCCAUGCCCACGACUGGGUGUGGCUUGGCCAGGAGGAGGGCCUGUGUCUGCAGCAGCAGCAGCAGGAUGAGCUGGGCAGCACCCUGGAAGAGGGCAGCCAGUUGCUGAAUGGCGGUGUUCUGAAGGGCAGUGCCCAGGGAGGCUGCCCGGGAGGCAGGAACGAGUCACUCAACUCACCUACCACCAAGAGGAAGAGGGUCAAAUUUACUACCUUCGCCAACAUCAAGCCCAGUAACGGAUGCCCAGUUUUAAGCCCGCUGGCACUCGGACAGACCACCGACAUUAAGUGGGUAUGUCCGGACAUCGAGCUGGGGGACUCGCAAGAGCUCCGGAAUUACAUGGAGAGGUUGAACGAGAAUGCUACAAAAAACAUUGUAUAGAGGGCUUGAUUUUUUUGUGGACAAAUGAGUAACUCUAACUCACCCGAAUGCCUUCAGAGUAAGAAGGGAGUAAGGGGUGCUUUUUACUGAAACUGGUUGGCACUGUACCACGCCAUGACAACAAGAUGGAACAUUUCAGCAAGUGUUGUUUCCAUGGUAACUGUUGUAAUAGUUGAUGAUCAUAAGUGAGGUGGGGGGUGGGAAUUGCCAUGACACCACAUUGGAUAUGUGGGAAUUUGUGAACUUGAAUGUCACUUUAAUUAGUUUAGAUGUCUGUUCCCUUGUCUUUAAUUAAAGAAAAGCUUACAGUGCAUUCAGAAAGUAUUCAGACCCCUUCACUUUUUCCACAUUUUUUACGUUACAUCCUUAUAUAUAUUUUUUUUCUCCUCAUCAAUCUAAACACAAUAUCCCGUAACGACAAAGCAAAAACAGGUUUUUAGACAUUUUUGCAAAUGUAUUACAAAUAAAAAACAAAUACCUUAUUUACAUAAGCAUUCAGACCCUUUGCUAUGAUACUCGAAAUUGAGCUCAGGUACAUCCUGUUUCCAUUGAUCAUUACUGAGAUGUUUCUACAACAUGAAUGGUGUCCACCUGUGGUAAAUUCAAUUGAUUGGACAUGAUUUGGAAAAGCACACAAUUGUCUAUAUAAGGUCCCACAGUUGACAUUGCAUGUCAGAGAAAAAAACAAACAAUGAGGUCGAAGGAAUUGUCCGUAGACCCCCGAGACAGGAUUGUGUCGUGCCACAGAUCUGGGGAACGGUACCAAAAAAUGUCUGCAGCAUUGAAGGUCCCCAAGAACACAGUGGCUUCAAUGAUUCUUAAAUGGAAGAAGUUUGGAACCACCAAGACUCAUCCUAGAGCCGGCUGCCCGGCCAAACUGAGCAAUCGGGGGAGAAGGGCCUUGGUCGGGGAAGUGACCAAUAACCCGAUGGUCACUCUGACAGAGCUAUAUCUCUGUGGAGAUGGGAGAACCUUCCAGAAGGACAACCAUCUCUGCAGCACUCCAGCAAUCAGGCCUUAAUUCUAGAGUGGCCAGACGGAAGCCACUCCUCAGUAAAAGGCACCUGAAAGCCUGACAGCACCACCCAUCACCUGGGAAAUGACCAUCCCCACGGUGAAGUAUGCUGGUGGCAGCGUCAUGCUGUGGAGAUGUUUUUCAGCAGCAGGGUCUGGGAGACUAGUCAGAAUUGAGGGAAAGAUGAAUGGAGCAAAGUACAGAGACCAGGACCUGGACCUCAGACUGGGGCGAAGGUUCACCUUUUAACAGGACAACAACUCUAAGCACACAGCCAAGACAAAGCAGGAGUGGCUUCGGGACAAGUUCCUGAAUGUCCUUGAGUGGCCCAGUCAGAGCCCGGACUUGAACCCAAUCUAACAUCUCUGUAGAGACCUAAAAAUAGCUGUGCAGCAACGCUCCCCAUCCAACCUGACAGAACUUGAGAGGAUCUGCAGAGAAAAAUGGGAGAAACUCCCGAAAUAGAGUUGUGCCAAGCUUGUAGCGUCAUGCCCAAGAAGACUCAAGGCUGUAAUUCCUGCCAAACCUGUUUUUGCUUUGUCAUUAUGGGGUCUUGUGGGUAGACUUAUGAGGGAAAAAACUAUUUAAUCAAUUUUGGAAUAAGCCUGUAAUGUAACAAAAUGUUGAAAAAGUGAAGGGGUCUGAAUACUUUCCGAAUGCACUGUGUUUCAUUUUGUUAUCAUGCACAGCUCUCUUUGUUAACUUUUUAAAUCAUGAUUUCCUUAUACUAUUGUAUAUGAUGUGGUUGCUUUUUUUCUAGUCAUGCCCUGAAAAUACUUCAAAUCUGUAAAAUAGUCAUAAAAAAUUUCAAUUUGUUUUGCGUACACAUAAAGCUCUCAGAUUUUCAGAUGUUAAGCAAUUAUAGAUUCUAUGACAAUAGUGUUCAAAGCUAUCAAAGUUGUAAAUAAGUCAAGCAGAAAUACUGGUUUGGAGUACGUGAGACAACAUUUUGUAAAGUAUUCUGUAUUUUUGUACAUAUUUCUUUAGUCUGUCCAUCUUUUUGAGUUACAUUUUUUUCUCCAGAGACCAACAUGCAUGUUAGUGAAAACAAAGCCCAAGCCUGGCUUAGUUCCUGUUGAUCCAUCAGAAUUAAAUGUGUUACAUACUGCACAGUCUUCCCUAUGAGACACAAGCAUCUCUCACACACCUCCCCGUCAAAGACAUGACAUUCAUUUUAUAGCUGAGCUCCUGGUAUUAUUAUUAUUUUUCUCUUAAUUUUCUUUCCUUUUUCCUUUUUAUUUGUAUUUCUCCUUUACUUUUUUACUUGUAUUUUCUUUCGUUAUCGCUUUAUUAAUAGAAAGCAACAACAAUGUCUCCUCCUUAAUGUGUGUCACAUUAUUUUGUUAUUUUGUUGAUUCACUCAACUGAUUUGAAUAUUUAGUUUAAACCUGUAGCCUACAUGUAGGUUUUCACACUCCUUAUGUCAUUAAUUUAAUUCUGAACCUACAUUACAUGUAAUUGUUGGUGAGCAUAAUUUCUUAUAUCUUGUUCUAAUCCCCAUUUUGGAUCUAUUUAUUUAUCUUUCAGAAGGACCAUAAUAACUGCAGAUUAUUACACUGAGCCAUAAAACCUUAACACACAAUAUAGUUCAGGUCUAUUAUCAGAACUAAUGGUUGGAGUAGAUAAGUAUAGUAUCCCAGUGGAGAAAAUUGGUUGAAAUGACAUCAUUACAACCACAAACUGUUUGAAAUAACAUUGUUAUGACAUCAUUUAAACCAUUUGAAUAGUAGUAUAGGGAUAGUAGUAUACGGAUACACUAAACUUCCCUUCAAUGACAUGAGCUGCUGAGUUCUAGAUGGAAUAGUAAUCGGCUACAUGGCAUAACACCUGACUCCAACAUCCCAAUCCUCUCCCUAUCCAUAUUCCCCUCCAUAUCCCCAUGCCCUCCUUUCCCAUCAGUCAGAUCCAUAGAUGUCCAUCCCUUAAUGUUUUCAGAAUGGCCUCUGGAUUGAUUAAAACUAAAGGUGAUACCUCUCUC